GGCCCACGUCGUCACUUUCCCAUUAAACGGACGAGGUGAAACCAUUUAACCCCCUACAGACGUGCAUCGCGUGGAACCAACACCAUCCGUCAAUCUCUCCCUCUCUCUCUCUCUCUCUCUUCCCCGGCACUAUAUAAAUAGUACUUCAAAUCGCUCGCUCUAUAGUCCAAGACAGUCGCACUACAGUCUACUCAGAGUUGAUUCAGUUGCGCACGUUGAGCUGAGUAUUGUUCUCCUCGUUGUCCCAAAACUUUUGGUCCUUGUUUGAAGAUCAUGGCCUCAACAAUCCUGAUGCACUCGAUCACUGCGAGUCCUAGGACCGCAAUCAACAUUAGCUCCAGGAUAUCUGUUCUGAGAGGACUCUUCCCUGCCAACCGUAGUCCUAGAUUGGCUCCACGAGGUGGCUUGCGUGUGAGGUGUAUGGCCGAGGAGAGCAAGCCGGAUCUGAACCCAUCCCCGAAAUUGAAAUCAAAGGUUAGCACCGACUUCACAGAUGUGUUUGCAUUCAGUGGACCAGCGCCAGAGAGGAUCAAUGGCAGACUCGCAAUGAUAGGCUUUGUGGCGGCCAUUGCGGUGGAACUGUCUAAAGGCCAGGACUUGUCUGAUCAGAUCAGUGGAGGUGGUAUUCCGUGGUUCAUAGGGACGAGCAUUCUGCUCUCGGUUGCAUCUCUCGUUCCGCUGCUUCAAGGAGUCACGGCUGAGUCAAAGUCUGACGGGUUGAUGACUUCUGAUGCUGAGUUGUGGAACGGAAGGUUUGCAAUGUUGGGACUAGUUGCGUUGGCCUUCACUGAAUAUGUUAAGGGAGGAAUACUUGUGUAGGGUUUUGGAAUUAUACACUCGUGUAAGUAGUUCAGAAUGUAAUCCUCAGAAGCAUAAUAUAAAGUGAAGCAUUGUCUCAAUUCAAA